GUAACUAUUUCUAUAUCGAAUAGUUCGUAAUUAUUGUGAAAGAUAAUUAGUUUUGUGGAAGAUGGGAGGUAACUCCACCUCAUACUUCUAGUAAGGAAUUUAUAUAAGAUAAGAGUUAUCGAUCCUGUAAUUCGUUCACUUCCGCUAAGACGAUAAAAGGCAGGUGCAUGAUAUUAAGUUUUCAGAAAAUCAUGCCAAAAAGGAAAGCGACAAAAGAUGCAGGGCAGGGGCCUCAGGCAGGAACGAGGGGUGCCAACCGGAGACGGGCGUCGGUGCCGCCGACCGAGGAGGAAGCCGAACCUUAUGUGGAGGCAGUGGAUGCAAUGCCGAUUGAGCCACACCAGCAGGUUGACCAUAUGGGUGGCAGUUCUAUAGGUAUAUCUCCUAUUGAGGGGUCAGAGCAAUUGUUUCCCCCCUCCAACCCCUUGCCCAUAACAAGUGCCCAUACUUCCCUAGGGGCUAAUGUCUCGCCUGGCAACAGACAAAAAAUAAUAUCAGGGCAGUAUAUAGAUUUGGGCCUGUUGUUAUUGAACGGGCCGUCUGAACAAGGGGAACAGCUACUGAUGCUGAAUAAAAAGGGUGAAUUGAUAACUAAGGCCAAAAUCAAUGAGAGGAUAGUUAGUGUAGAAAAAUGGACUGAUGCCAUGAUGGUGUUUGCGACCAUUUAUGGUUCAGCUCACCCAGCAAAACACCCUGAUUUGUUGANCGCACUUUACUAG